AUGACCUACAGGUGGCGUUUACUCACAUUUGGUCAUGGAAGUGCACUCACGGCGGAGCACGCUUGCUCUGGCUGUCAUGAAGAAGACGUGAAUCUGUUCACUCGCCGGAAAGGCUCCGCCGCUGUCAACAUGUCUGCGGAUUCGGAGAACCUUCGUUGUGUAUUUCAUCGUGAGGGAGCGCUUCUUCACGCCAGAGCCCUACCGAUGGAUCGGCACGGAGAAGAACGACUGCUAGUUGACAAUAGCCGGACCCGUCCUGAAUUGAUGGGUCCAGACAUGUGGGUCCCAGCUGAGACGCCGGCCAGCACAAAACCCCUCCUCGAUGACUGCGAACGCAUGGGGACGCUGUUCGGAAUGCUGAACAAGUGCCUGCGGGGAAUGGGCUUCAGCCACAUGUACUUUGGGGAAAAGGUUGUGGAGCCAGUGCUGGUGGUCUUCUUCUGGUUGCUCUUGUGGUUCCUUGGCUUCCAAGCACUGGGUCUGGUUGGGACCCUCUGCUUAAUCAUCAUCUACAUUCAGAAGUGACAUUGAACCUGGCAGUCUGGUCAUCGUGACAGAGUCCCUGGGUGUGAGCUUUUCUUCCUCAGAGUGAACCAAGGCAUGAUCAUAGUUUAGAUGGUUUGCAAUUGUUUAUGAUGGCAUCAAGUAUGAAGGAACAGGCAGUGACUUGUGCCGUUUGACAACGACUGGAAUAUGUUGUGGAGAGGAAUGAAGUUUGAUGUAUUGAAGGGUGCAUAUAUUUGUGAUGUGUGUUGAUGUUGCUGUGAUCCUCGGAAGUUACACCAACACAUGCAUCAGACCAAUGAUGAAUACAUCCAUUGUAUCAUUUUGACCGAUCACAUCAGUCUCUAGAGCACACGCACAUGAGAGCUCGAGUCAUUGGGUGGGUGUUCUUGCCGAUCUCAGGUUUUUUCUCCAUUUAGCUCUUUCAUUUGUUUGUGUUUUGAAGACAGCAAUCUUUUAUUGUUUUUUUUUUUUUUUGCUCAGAGAUUUCUGCAUAUAGAGACAGAACAGCUGGUCAAUGCAUGACUGUUUAUUAACUGUAAUGAAUUAAUAUAUUGUCAGAGGCCACUUCAAUGCAGUAAAUAUGUGUUGUGUGGUGCACAUGAACUCAAUAAAAUCCUGAACUAUUCCGGCUGUGAGUCUGUUGGAUUCUCGAAUGCAUUCACAAAUUGAAAGACUUGAAGUGAAAGAGAGGCUUGGUAUGCAAGGUGGAGUUUAUGGCUCCCUGAAGGGAGCUGCUUCUUGAAGACGAGCAUGUUGUAGCAGCUUGUGCCGAAUUGGAUGGCCAUUUCUUUUGAAAAAUAAUAAAAUUAAACAUUCUAUCGCCCAUUUUUUGGUUGUAUCAGAAUCAGCGUUGUUGAAGAGGCCCUUGAAACCAGAUUUUCAUCUAAGGUAUACUAAUAGAGUACCUCUAUACAAUUCUAAAUGUUUAGAAAAGGUAUAACAAGUGUGCAAAAGACUGCGAGAGCCUCGCACAAAAAGUUGUUUUCAUUGAAUUACUGACAAGGACAAAGAACUGCAAAUGUGAAUGAAGAGCCACACCCGAGAGUCACUUCCGUUUCACAAAUGACAAUAACCGAAUCACUUUCAGUCUUCGAAAAAGCUCCUUGGUUGAACCGGUAAUGCAGU